AUGGGCAAUGUCGCCAGUCGCCUCGACGAUGCAGGAAACUUGUUCUUCAAGGAUCAGAAUCGAUCGAAGCGAGACCCAGGCGAUGACACUCCUAUUGAAUAUAUCCAGGACCCCGAUGUCCCUCCCUCCGCUGCGAGCCCGACCUUCUUGCUCCGUCUUUCAAAUGACGAGGAACUCAUCUUUAACUUCACCUUCAUCCUCCGCCAAACAGCGACCGGUAACGUCGCGGGUUCCACCGUCAAUGGAGUUGCGACCUCGCUCCCUGAGGUAGCCAACACCAACCUCACCGGGCUCACCUUCGCCCACGCGUCCAACUCCAAGGAACUAGACAACCUAAUUACGCGAGAAUUCCACGCCAACCCGAACCUUCAGAAUAAUUCCAACGUCCAGCUCAUUGGCGAUUUCUCGACCGAUGGGACCCCUUCCGUCUCGUUCGAGUGGUCCUGGAGGUGGAAGCCUCCCAAGACGACAGAGGAUAAAGGUGGUGGCUGGCGGAACAGUUGCAGCUUUCUGGACUACGAUUCAAGGACCAACCGCCUCAAUACCCUCGCGCAUUUCUCCUUCUGGGUACACAACUCGAUUCGGCCCUUGCCCAGUCCGCUGAUGAUGUCGCCGAAACUCGAGUUGCCCGUGCCUCCUCCCCGCAGUCGCAUUCCUUCUACCCAGUCGGUCAUAUCACAGGCUAGUGAUAGCGAAAAUUUCUCGAACCCGAAUCUCCCUUCCAUCACCCCGCCUGAGUCUUCCGAGGGCUUGCCGCCGCCUCCAACUGCGCCCCCACCCCCACCUCCCGUCAAGGUGGACCUUGCUUCUCGUGCCGGAGAAGAUAUGAACGUCGAAGAUGGACCCCUGUUCCGAGCCACGAUGAAAGCCUUGGAACAGAAGACGGGAAAUAUGCGGACAAAAAUAAAGAAGGUCCUGAAAAAGGCAGAGGCUGCGCAGUCCGCACAAAUGACUUGCAACGACGCCAUGGAGGGGUUCCUGGGUUCCUUGAACGAAGCAUCGACAUCUAAUGCCAACGCUAUUCAACCUGCUCUAGAUCACUACUUUGAAAAGAUCGCCCGUCAGAUUCAACAUUAUGAACAGCUGAAUGCUCUUCAGCUGCAGAAGCUCGUCAUCGAGCCUCUGGUCAAGCUAUACACUAAUGAUAUCAAACAAGCGGAAUCGAAAAAGAAAGAUUUCGACGAAGAGAGUCGUGAUUAUUAUGCCUACGUCAGUCGGUACCUCGGGCAGCGACAGGAUUCGCUCAAGGAGAAGAAGCGCGCAGAGAGCGACUCCAAGUAUCAGGCCAAGCGCCGCAACUUUGAAUUGAGGCGCUUCGACUACUCGUCCUUCAUGCAGGAUCUUCAUGGAGGACGCAAGGAACAAGAAGUCUUGUCGCAUCUGACUAAAUAUGCAGACUUCCAAGCUAAGAAUUUCUUGGCGGCUGCCAAGAAGAUUGACGAAAUGGUCCCUCAACUGGAUUCUUUGGUUCAUGAGGUUGGCCGGGCGGACAAGGAGUUCCAGUUUAAACGGACUGAGCGCGAGGAGAUUCGCAGAGCUCUGGAAAAAAAUAGCAACCCUUACCUUGAGCCCGAUGCCACCGCCGGUCCCUCAAAUGUGGCCGCUACUUCCACUACAGCCUCUAACGGAGCUGCUUCAAAUGAAACUGAGCUUGGCCGAGCUGAUAGCACCGGCUCUCAACUCCGGGGAGUUAUCAGCAACAGCUCCUCCGUUUCGUCUCAGGCCAAUGCCGGCUCGGUUAGUUCCGCUGCUGGCAUAUCUGCUCCUACAGGUAGUGCUGGAUCUGCUAGUGGAUCUGGUCAAAACCGGUUCAAGGGCAUUCGUGAUCUAGAGGAACCUACUUCCACCGGAAUCGAUCGUAGUGUUGGUCAGCAGCGAAAAGAAGGGUUGUUGUGGGCGCUGUCCCGUCCCGGAUCACACAUGGACCCGAAGGGUAUCAACAAGCAGGCCUGGCACAAAUUCUGGAUUGUCUUGGACCAAGGAAAGCUCUCGGAAUACAGCAACUGGAAACAAAAACUGGAUCUGCACAUGGAUCCCAUCGACCUUCGAAUGGCGUCAGUCCGAGAAGCUCGUAAUGCCGAGCGCCGUUUCUGUUUCGAAGUGAUCACUCCCCAAUUCAAGCGCAUCUAUCAGGCCACGUCGGAAGAGGAUAUGGCGACUUGGAUUCGAUCCAUCAAUAACGCGCUUCAAAGCGCCGUUGAGGGACGGAGUAUGCCGCACGCGCCUCCCGUGUCUUCCUCGGAGAAGUCUUCGACUGGCCGUGAUAUCGGUUCGGUACUUACCGGGAAAAGCUCGUCGGUGUCUGGUCAUCACUCCUACUCAAAUAGUUCCAGCAGUGCCAGUGCCGGUGGCGUCAACCGCCGCACAACAGUUGGAGCAAGACCGAGCUACGUCCGCCAUGACAGUAACAACUAUGAGGAGAACCCGGCCCGACUGCUCCAAACGGUUCGUGACGCCGACGAGGGGAAUAACUGGUGCGCGGACUGUGGAUCCUCUUCCAAGGUCGAAUGGGUAUCGAUCAAUCUGGGCAUUGUACUGUGCAUCGAAUGCAGUGGCAUUCACCGAUCUCUUGGCACACACAUCUCCAAGAUCCGAUCCCUAACACUAGACGUGCACUCCUUUUCCAACGACAUCGUCGAAAUCCUCCUUCAAAUCGGCAACCGCGUCAGCAACAUGAUCUGGGAAGCAACACUCGACCAAUCGCUCAAACCAAUCGCCAGCUCCACCCGCGAACAACGCCUAAAGUUCAUCACGGCGAAAUACGUCGACAGAGUUUACGUCGAGGGCGUCCCAUCCCCACGCUCCCGCUUCGCAACACCAGACGAAACCCUCCUCGCAUCCGUCAAGAAAAACGACAUCCAAGGCGUGCUCUAUGGCAUCGCGUUGGGCGGUAAUGUGAACGUCCCCGAUCGUUCGAGAAGUACACCGGCUAUAUUCCUCGCUCUGGCCGCAACCGACCCCGCCACGCCCGGCUCAAUACCAACGCCCACCCCGACUUCCUCUCUCUCCGCCCGCUCCGCCGCAAAAGCAAUCCCCUUCCCCAUUGCCGAACUGCUGGUUCAGAACGGCGCGGAGAUUCCUCCCCAACCACCCUCCAUCCCCCUGUCCCCGGCCGCACAGCUAUACCUCAGUCAGCGCGUUACGCGGAAUCCGGGCUUCAGCGCCCCUCCCGUCCCUAGUGGUGGGAGAUCGGUGCUAACCCCCAAUGAUACCCUCGGCUCGCUGCCGACUAUUCGCUCUGCGAGUAAGGAUAGCUCGUCUGCUUCUUCUGUUGCGUCGCAGGCGCCGGCUGGGGCUGGUGGCUCGGGCUCGGGCUCGGGCUCUGCGGAAAGGGAGAAGGAGAAGUUGUCGAAGCGUGGGAGUGCGGGGGCGAGGUUUGCGGGGAAGGUUGCUUCUCUUGGAAUUGAUCGAUAA